AAUGGGAAAGUUCAGCGGGUUGGGCGGUUUGGCAGCCGGCAGCUCAGCCAGCCCAGCGACCAGCCCAGCCAGGCGCAGCAGCGAUGCACUCCAGGCUGCCAGGGGAGUUAGAUGUUUCAUGUGUGUGGUGGGCUGUGCGCACGGCCUGCGCACGUCCGCAGUAGCGGCGCGCCAGCAGCAUUCGAGCUGGAUGGAGCUAGCGGCCCGGCGCUCGGAGGCCUUUGGAGCUAGCUGCCGCGCGCCUCGGAGCAGCAGCAAUUACCGAGGCGCGUCGGAGCUGGUGACCGGAGACCAGCAGCGGCCGGGCGGAGGGCGGGCAGCGGGUGCGGGGAUUCGGGGCGCAGCGGCUGCGGCAUCAGCGCGGCACGGCGCCCCAGCGGCGUGGUCCUUGCCCAGCAGAUGAUCAGCCGGGGGUGCUGUGGGGGCUGUCAGCUGGGCAUGAGACAGCCAUCAGCUGCCAGGAUUGAUUGUGUGGGGGUUCUCCCGAACAUGUUGCAGCCGUCGACAGUUGGGACAGCGUCACCUAUGGUUUGUUUUUCAAUCAGUCAGCAGCCAGCUUCUCAUGACUGGUCCAGCCACUGCGCAGUUUGUAGUAACGGCGAUGGGCCAGCAGGUCCGAAGGGGGGAGAACCAUGCAGCGGGAUGCCGAACAUGUUUCUGCGGGGCUAACAAACACAGCAACCAGGUUAAGCGGAAAGUGCAUCGCAAAACGGAGAGCACAAGUGUGAGAUUAGCACAACGCAGCUGUGCGGCUGUUGAUUUCAGCGUCGGAGCCCACGGGCUGGCAGCAUGCUGGCUUGACGACAUCCAAAAGUCCAGCGUGGUCUCGCUGCAGCGCGUGCGGUAUCAACGUCUCAGGUCAAGCAGUUGAAUGUUAGUCCAAUUGGCACAGCAGUAAAUGCGUUCACAGACACUAGAGUUACAGCUUGCCGUAAGGUGUCGCCAGGCGCAAGUGCAUGCGUACCGUACCGCAGCCGCACGCAGCCGCGCACUGCCGCGCCUCCCUCUCCUUCCGAUGUGGUAGCACGACGCCAGCUAGUCAAGUGCGCAACACAUGUGUAACUGUAGCGCGGU